AUGAAUCAACAAAUGAAUUCUUCUUUUUUGCCAAAUUUACCCGAUAUUUCUAAUGGUAAACAAAAAUUUUACAAUUUUCUUCAACGUACAAGUUCUGGACCAUAUUCAACGAAAACAGUUUUCUUCUACAAGGAGGUCCUAUUUUAUAUUAAAACGAAAAAAUUAGAAAAAAAAAUGCGAUUUUUUUUUUUUCAUGGAUUACGCGUGCCUAUAUCAAAAGCUCGAUAUCGGACAAUCGAUUCGCUUUUAGAAGAUCUUAAUUCCAAUAUAAAUAUGCCAUUUGGUGUACGUCGUUUGACAACUCCAAGAGGACGUACUUCAAUUAAAAAUCUGGAUGAGUUACAACAUAUGGGAAGGUGGAAGAUUUUUCACUAUCUCGAUUUUUCCACUGCAUUUUCAAUCAUUUAUACUUUAAGCAUUAAAAUAAAAUAG